GGGGGGGGGGCGGCUGUCUGUCGCCGGGCCCCCUCCUCCUCCUCACUCCUCGCCCUCCAGGGUAGCAGCUACCGGAGCGCUGCAGGGGGCUGCGCCUGCCUGCUCCGCCCGGGACCUGUCGGCGAACGGUAGUUUAUGCCAGCGUGGCUUCAUUCAUACAGAUGAACCAAGGAUUGGGAUAGCAGUAUAAAAUUAGAAUCAGACAGCUGACUGCUCAGCAGGAUGCCAUCAACUAACAGAGCAGGCAGCCUGAAGGACCCUGAAAUUGCAGAGCUCUUCUUCAAAGAAGAUCCAGAGAAGCUCUUCACAGAUCUCAGAGAAAUUGGCCAUGGAAGCUUUGGAGCAGUGUAUUUUGCACGAGAUGUGCGUACCAAUGAAGUGGUGGCCAUCAAGAAAAUGUCUUACAGUGGAAAGCAGUCUACUGAGAAAUGGCAGGAUAUUAUUAAGGAAGUCAAGUUUCUACAAAGGAUAAAACAUCCCAACAGUAUAGAAUACAAAGGCUGUUAUUUACGUGAACACACAGCAUGGCUUGUAAUGGAAUAUUGUUUAGGAUCUGCUUCAGAUUUACUAGAAGUUCACAAAAAGCCAUUACAAGAAGUGGAAAUAGCAGCAAUUACACAUGGUGCUCUCCAGGGAUUAGCCUACUUACAUUCUCAUACCAUGAUCCAUAGAGAUAUCAAAGCAGGAAAUAUCCUUCUGACAGAACCAGGCCAGGUGAAACUUGCUGACUUUGGAUCUGCUUCCAUGGCAUCACCUGCCAAUUCCUUUGUGGGAACACCAUAUUGGAUGGCCCCAGAAGUAAUUUUAGCCAUGGAUGAAGGACAAUAUGAUGGCAAAGUAGAUGUGUGGUCUCUUGGAAUAACAUGUAUUGAACUAGCGGAAAGGAAGCCUCCUUUAUUUAAUAUGAAUGCAAUGAGUGCCUUAUAUCACAUAGCCCAAAAUGAAUCCCCUACACUACAGUCUAAUGAAUGGUCUGAUUAUUUUCGAAACUUUGUAGAUUCUUGCCUCCAGAAAAUCCCUCAAGAUCGUCCUACAUCAGAGGAACUUUUAAAGCACAUGUUUGUUCUUCGGGAGCGCCCUGAAACCGUGUUAAUAGAUCUCAUUCAGAGGACAAAGGAUGCAGUAAGAGAGCUGGACAAUCUGCAAUAUCGAAAGAUGAAAAAACUGCUUUUCCAGGAGGCACAUAAUGGACCAGCAGUAGAAGCACAGGAAGAAGAAGAGGAACAAGAUCAUGGUGUUGGCCGGACAGGAACAGUGAAUAGUGUUGGAAGUAAUCAGUCUAUUCCCAGUAUGUCCAUCAGUGCCAGCAGCCAAAGCAGUAGUGUUAACAGUCUUCCAGAUGUCUCAGAUGACAAGAGUGAGCUAGACAUGAUGGAGGGAGACCACACAGUCAUGUCUAACAGUUCUGUUAUCCACUUAAAACCUGAGGAAGAAAAUUACAGAGAAGAAGGAGAUCCUAGAACAAGAACAUCAGAUCCACAGUCUCCACCCCAAGUAUCUCGUCACAAAUCGCACUAUCGUAAUCGAGAACACUUUGCUACUAUACGGACAGCAUCACUGGUAACAAGGCAAAUGCAAGAACAUGAGCAGGACUCUGAGCUUAGAGAACAAAUGUCUGGCUAUAAGCGAAUGAGGCGACAACAUCAAAAACAACUGAUGACUCUGGAAAAUAAGCUAAAGGCUGAGAUGGAUGAACAUCGCCUCAGAUUAGACAAAGAUCUUGAAACUCAGCGUAACAAUUUUGCUGCAGAAAUGGAGAAACUUAUCAAGAAACACCAGGCAGCUAUGGAGAAAGAGGCUAAAGUGAUGUCCAAUGAAGAGAAAAAAUUUCAGCAACAUAUUCAGGCCCAACAGAAGAAGGAACUGAAUAGUUUUCUAGAGUCCCAGAAAAGAGAGUAUAAACUUCGAAAAGAGCAGCUUAAAGAGGAGCUAAAUGAAAACCAGAGUACCCCAAAAAAAGAAAAACAAGAGUGGCUUUCAAAGCAGAAGGAGAAUAUACAGCAUUUCCAAGCAGAGGAAGAAGCUAACCUUCUUCGACGUCAGAGACAAUACCUAGAGCUGGAAUGCCGUCGCUUCAAGAGAAGAAUGUUACUUGGGCGUCAUAACUUAGAGCAGGACCUUGUCAGGGAGGAGUUAAACAAAAGACAGACUCAAAAGGACUUAGAGCAUGCCAUGCUACUUCGACAGCAUGAAUCCAUGCAAGAACUGGAGUUCCGCCACCUCAACACAAUUCAGAAGAUGCGCUGUGAGUUGAUCAGAUUGCAGCAUCAAACUGAGCUCACUAACCAGCUAGAAUAUAAUAAGCGAAGAGAACGAGAACUAAGACGAAAGCAUGUCAUGGAAGUUCGACAACAGCCUAAGAGUUUGAAGUCUAAAGAACUCCAAAUAAAAAAGCAGUUUCAGGAUACCUGCAAAAUCCAAACCAGACAGUACAAAGCAUUAAGAAAUCACCUGCUGGAGACUACACCAAAGAGUGAGCACAAAGCUGUUCUGAAACGGCUCAAGGAGGAGCAGACCCGGAAAUUAGCUAUCUUGGCUGAGCAAUAUGAUCACAGCAUUAACGAAAUGCUCUCCACACAAGCUCUGCGUUUGGAUGAAGCACAGGAAGCAGAGUGCCAGGUUUUGAAGAUGCAGCUACAGCAGGAACUGGAGCUGUUGAAUGCAUAUCAGAGCAAAAUCAAGAUGCAAGCUGAGGCACAGCAUGAUCGAGAGCUUCGGGAGCUUGAACAGAGAGUCUCCCUCCGGAGGGCACUCUUAGAACAAAAGAUUGAAGAAGAGAUGUUGGCUUUGCAAAAUGAGCGCACAGAACGAAUACGAAGCCUGUUGGAACGUCAAGCCAGAGAAAUUGAAGCUUUUGACUCUGAAAGCAUGAGACUAGGUUUUAGUAAUAUGGUCCUUUCUAAUCUCUCCCCUGAGGCAUUCAGCCACAGCUACCCGGGAGCUUCUGGUUGGUCACAUAACCCUACUGGGGGUCCAGGACCUCACUGGGGUCAUCCCAUUGGUGGCCCACCACAAGCUUGGGGCCAUCCAAUGCAAGGUGGACCCCAGCCAUGGGGUCACCCCUCAGGGCCAAUGCAAGGGGUACCUCGAGGUAGCAGUAUGGGAGUCCGCAAUAGCCCCCAGGCUCUGAGGCGGACAGCUUCUGGGGGACGGACGGAGCAGGGCAUGAGCAGAAGCACGAGUGUCACUUCACAAAUAUCCAAUGGGUCACACAUGUCUUAUACAUAACUUAAUAAUUGAGAGUGGCAAUUCCGCUGGAGCUGUCUGCCAAAAGAAACUGCCUACAGACAUCGUCACAGCAGCCUCCUCACUUGGGUACUACAGUGUGGAAGCUGAGUACAUAUGGUAUAUUUUAUUCAUUUUUGUAAAGCGUUCUGUUUUGUGUUUACUAAUUGGGAUGUCAUAGUACUUGGCUGCCGGGUUUGUUUUUUUAACUUUUGGGGAAAUUUUGAAAAGUGGAAUUGAUAUUAAAAUAAAUGUGUGUGUGUAUGUGUGUGUAUAUAUACAUAUAUAUAUACACACACACACAUACAUAUAUAUUAUGCAUGUGGUGAGAAGAAUUGGCUAGAUAGGGGAUAUUUUCUGAACACUGCAAAAAUAAAACACAGCAAAGUGGCUUCAGUCAUCACUUUUGGGUGUUUGUACCCUAAGAAGUUUCUGAAAAGAUCUAAAGCCUUCUUCCAUAUCCCAAAUUCUUAUGAGCCACUCACAGCAGGCAGCAUAUGUUGAAAUAAGUUAUUACUGGUACAUACCUGCAUCCCCUCACCAAUGUAUUUGUUAUUAAAUUGAUCUGACUUCUCAGCCUCAUUUGGACUAAAAAAAGCAGAAAUCCAUAAACACUAAAGGACUGCAUUGACUUUUUCAGAGUAGAAAACAAAUUAGUUUUUUUUUUUUUUUUCCUGAAUGCGUCAUAGGCUUGUGAGUGAUUUUUGUCCAUUUAGUUGUGCCUUCUUUGUAUUUCAAUGAGAUGGGGGUACUUAAGGAGAUGACAAGUUAUGUGGGGAUUACAUUAACAAACCUGUGAGCCUUCAAUGGGGAAGACAGAAGGGUGAAGGGGCCCUAAAAUUUCAUAUGGUGGGUAUGUCCCGCAGCAGAGUGAGGAGAUGAAGCUUACACGUCCUGACGUUUUGUUGCUUAUACUGUGAUAUCUCAUCCUAGCUAAGCUCUCUACUGCCCAAGACCCCAAACAGUACUUUUGUUUGUACAAAAACAAAGACAUACAGCCAAUACAAAUCAAAUGCCAGAGGUAUUUGAAUGAUGCCAUAUUUGCAAAUUGCCAUCUAUUGAAAUUCUUAUCACACUACAUAAACAUGAUUAUUGUCUCCUUUUGGCUUAUGGGAUUUUCUGUUUACAAGUAGAAUAGCCAAUUAUUUAAAUGUUUAGUUGCCACAGUGAACCAAGAGUCACUGAGCCAGUGACUUUACCAGCUGCUGACUGAUCCUCAUCACCACUGUAGAUUUUGCUGCAUGUGCAGGUCCUCUGUUUUUAAUUGCUGUUUUCGUUGCUGCAGUACUUAACAAACUUCUAGUUCAUUGAGACUUAGUGACCAUUUGGCAUCAUGUUAACACCACACAAUAGGAAACACCACUUUAACAAGUCUCAAGCCCAGUGCUAAAGUACUACUGAAAAGGAACUAGGAAGUUUGGCCAAUUAAAAAAAAAGGUAAAAGUAAGUUAUAGUGGUCAGGGAAUCUCUUGACAAAAGCUAACACUUUUUUUCAGGGGGCACGUUUUGUUUCGUUGUUUUGUUGUACAAUGAAGGAUGAACCCAAUGCUAAAAAGUCAGUUGUUUUCUUGGUUUUCCAUUUCUUGUAUAGAAAUUGAGUUGGAGGUGGGUAGGAAGCUGUAUGACUUGAAGAAAAAUAUCCUUUUCAGUGACAAAUCAAGAGUUUCUUAUGAGUUACUGUCCUGCUCCCUUCCAAGUUGUCUUGAAGAAUCCUUGCUGCUAACUCUGGAUCCUGCUUUUCCUAUAGUCAGGGGCUCCAAGGUAGAACUCUAAGUCCCUCUCAAUGACACUCUUUGCCUAGACCAAACUAAUGACCAAUUAGUAAUUAGGCUAUCGCUGUUGAAGUCCUGGUUUGCUCAACCAAAUUUUAAGUCUUCCCCAGGUAUGUCAGUCGAAUCACCAUGAAUCCUCACUUGUAGGAGUUUCUGAGGAUUCAUUUUAGGGAAACUGGAAGAAAACUAAUGUUUUAAUGUAAAUGUUUUUAAAACCAAGAUCACCAUAGAGUUCACACAAAAUUUUAGGCAGUGUUUGAAGAAGCACUCUGAUGUGCUGUCCUUUCAGCCAUGCUCCAGGUCACCAGUGUUUAGGUAAACAUGACACGUACUUGUCAUAUUAAUGAAAGGGGCUUUCAGUCGUCUCAGUAUCUUUUUUGCAUUCAGGUAUUGUAGUGUUUUCAACAAAUUGAGAAAUCUACCUAUUUGGUGUAAAAUAAGAGAGAGCUUUAGAAUUUAGUACAAUGUCAAAAAUAUAAUGGAAUUUGAUACCCUUAAAAAUUAUUCAUAGAUCUGGCACCUCUGUCCUACUGGAUGGAAUAGGGAAGCAGAUCAGUUUUGCAUACAAAACGCUUUUCAAACCCACAGUGCUACUGAUGGUACAUUUUAAAGUCCAGUUGUGGACUUAAAUAAGUCAAAUUGGGUUACUGACUCCAUUCAGAUCACAAGUACUUACAAAAAGCCUGAUUUAAUACUGAAUCCAAAUGUUUAUCAGGUAGGGUUUUGCAUCUCACUUAAUUGGCCACCAGUUUUACAUGUAGGUGAUGACUAUACCUGGAUUUUACUAUGAAGUUAAUUAAAGUAUAUAUAGUUUGCAAAAAUGAUUCAAAUUAAUUGGUUUAUGUUUGUGAGAUCUAGCUUCUGGGGAAUCUCAUACGUAGUAGGAACCAUCACAGAGUAAAUCUUAUAGCAGAAAAAUUGGAAAGGUUUUGAGAUACCCUAGAGAAAGAGCAAGCACUUUCUGAAUCUCUGCAAAUAUCAAUAUUUGAUCAAAUUAACACUACCUCCUUCCCAGUGUUGGUGUUCACUCACUAUAUGUGUUUAAAAAAAUUAAAAGUAUGGAAAAUUUGUCUAGCAUAUCAGAAGUUGUAAAUGCUAUAUCUGGUAUCCAGAGGCUGGCUAUAAAAACUUCCUUGGGGUCACUCUCCCAUUUUUUCGGUUAGCAUUUUAAAAAUGCAAAGCUGCAUACUUUAAAAUAUAUUAUUCCAAAUUGAGCUCCCUUCCCUUUGCACAUAUUUUUCCUCCCCUAAUUGAAGUCAGCUCUAACCCCAAAUUCUAGUAUCCAGAAGUAUUUUUAUUUGUAUAAUGUUAUCUAAAAAAUGUGUUUAUAUUUUCAGAGCUGCAAUUCUUAAUGGCCAUUUCAAUACCUAGAGAUAAAGAAUCCUGCAUUUGAAGCCACACAUACACUAUUGUAAUAUACUUAGUACUCCAGGUCAAGGAUUUAUUGGUAAAUGGAACUUUUUAGCAUAGUCAUUAUGAUUUUUGGUUGCCUAGACAUCAGGUAAACAUUCAGUACACUAAAGAAACUAUCCUGGACACUCCCUCCUACUUCCACCAAUUUUUUUCUCACCCCCUUUUCAAAAAUUGAAAACUCUAUGAGUGUCUUCUUCAGACCAUAAAACAGACUUUAGUAACUAUUUCUGUAAGUACUAAAUGUCUGGUAUUUUAAACUUUUAUAGAAUACAUUGUGUUGGACACUGGAAUAAUACUAUUUAUUUUCACCUGUGAAAAAUGACUUCAUUGUACUUGAAACACCUCCUUUGCAUUUCUCCAUUUGUGCCAUUCACUAGUGGAAAUAAAUUGUAUUAUACCAUGAUCUACUGGCUUUUUAAAACUGUGUUAAAUAUGCACAUUUUUGGUAUAGUUAUUAUCAUUUGUAUGUAUAUAUUGUAUAUACAUAUGAGUGUCUUUAUGUGUGUAUAGAUAGAUGGAUGGAUGUAACUCAUACUGUACAUUUCCAUCAGGGCACUUAAAAGUUGUUAUUUUUGUUUGGUUUUGUUAUUUCAGUCCUCAGUUAAGGCAAGAAUGCAUGUGUUUCUUAAGAAUGAGUUCUCUGCGUUGAUAUUUGUGAGAAGGUGGUCAUUAGAUGCAAUUUUUUCCUUUUUAAUCCCCUCUUAGCACUUGUGUGAAUGGAGAGGAUGUUAUGUAAAAUUUGGAAUCAUAAGUUGCAAUGCAGUAAAAUGGUGCUGGGGAAGGAGCCAGUUAGUGUUUCUGUGAGUUUGUGUUGUGAUCCAAUAAAAGAUAAGUAAUGCAGAGAGAAAUGAACCAUGGAAAGUAAGAACACUGGUGGUGAUUCCUCUGCAAAGAUGAUUAAAAAAAAACAAACAAACAAUAAAUCACACAAUUUUUAUGUGCUUUCUGUAUGUAUUUCUUAGUAGUGAUACCAUUGAUCCUCUUAUUUUUACUCCAUUAAUACUAAUAAUUACAAUUUUGCUGAGGAUCAAAACAGCCAAGAAAGGAAUUACUGCUAAAGCAUCUAAGAUUCUCCUAAACUGUAAAAUCAACAGGAAAUGGCCACUGGGAGAGAAGGAUUUGAUAUUGGGUGAGGGGCUUUCUCCCUUUACCUGCCUCUUCUUGCUUGCUAGUAAUUUCUUUGUGCACCUUCCACCACUUCUGAGCCACUACUGUUCAAGUAUGGUUUUGGCCAACACAUUAACUCUUUCCUUGGAGAUUUAUAUGGUCCUGCAUUUUGUCGUGUGCUCACAAUGUGAAGUGUCUUGUUGUGUAUUCAAGUCAAAAAAUAAUAUAUUUAAGGUAUGUAAGUCUGAAUUUCCUAUAAGGAUGGAAGAAGAGGUUCUCAUAUCUUAGAAAAGAGCCAUCUCUAGGAGCAAUGUCAAAACUUGGGCUGGCAUCUUUGAGCUUUUUACCAAAAUACAGACCAUUUUUAAAGAAAAGAAAUUCUCUAUUUUGUUUUCCCCCAUCUAACGUGAUAAAGCCCCCAACCAGAUUGUAGCACUGCCUUUUAAAAGAGAUUCACUCACUCUUAGUUUUUAAGAACUGGAAAUUUCCCAUCCUCAGAUUCCUUAAAGGAUGAAGAGUUGGCUGUACACCUGAGCAGAUUUGCCUCUUGUAUGCAAGGACUACUGAUUGAAGUCUGUUUUGCUGUGUCUGGUUAUGUUAUCUGCACUUUUAUGAAAUCACUACAAUAAGUCUACAUUGGAAGUUACUAUUAAUUUGUAAAGAAGUAAGUUUUAUUAAACAGUCUAGAAAAAGAAAGUGAAGCUGAGAACUCUUCCUUUAUUUGCAUUUAUAUUUUCUGCUGAAUUCUGGUAGUCCCCUUUAAGGUCAUGUUGACUAAUGUUUUCCUCGUUUGUAUUCAGAGUUCCAAAAUUUCACUCGUACAAGGGAAGAGACCCCAUUUGGCUUAAUGGUAAUCUUUAGAUCAUAAGAAAUAUAAAAAUUAGUAUACACCUUAUCUGCCUGUUGUGGGUUUCUUAAACUUGCACCUCCUACCCACCCAAAGAUAAAUAUCCUUUAAAGAAAAUAAAGGCAGAGAAUUAAAACUGGGGAGCCAUUUACUAUGUCACCAUCACUGUUAACUGUUUCCCAGCAAUCUAAACUUUUUGAAGUUUCAGAGUUGGUUUUUUUUGUAUAUAUGUCUGUGUGAUUGUUUUGUUUUGAAAUAUACAAGGAAUUCUUCUUUAAAUAGAGAAAAAGGUUAAUCCUCACUGAAACACCAGAAUGCCCACUGGAUAUACUAAUCUGAACAUCUGUAGGUAGUUUGUUAUGAAAAAGUGGAUGAGACUUCUGAAUGAAUGAAAAAGGGUAUCUUGAUGCCCAGAAUUUUCCCCAAAGUACGGGUAAUUCAACCUGCACAGUUUUCUUUCACUCAUAGCGUUUAGCAGUUGUGAGUGAAAAAUCAUGUAAUUAUCUGUAAAUAUGUAGCUAACAAAUUGACCUAGUUUCUGUAUUUUUUUGUUUUUGUACUAAAGUUUAUAGGUCUGUGCCAGCUAGAGAGAAGUUGCUGUCAUUACCAGUUGUGGUCCUAGCAUCUAACCCUGAAACCAUCCUAGGUGACAUUUUUAGAAUUAAUAUUUAAAUGUUGUUAAACAGGGGGAAAUGAAGCUUAAUCAUUGGUCAGGUUUGGAAUCUUUUGCAGUGAAAUAACUUUAUUUAAUAUAAAUGAUCACAUGUCCUCAAUCAUGAAUGAGGUAGGGAGCCUCUCUCCCCCAGUGGCCAUGUUUACAAAAGUGUGUUUUGUCUAUAAAGUGCAAGUGUUUUAAUGUUUAUGUAAAUUAUGCAGGUGAUAACAUUAUGGUUUGGAACUGUUUAUUGGGCUCUUUAACUGAAUUUGCAAAUGAAAUGAACUAUGCUUAUUGCUGGCACAUUGAUCCCAUUUCUGGAACAUUUUUCCUAUUUCCAGAGUUACAUAUGUUCUUUUGUCAUUACCCAACUUAACCUCCUUUUCUCUGAUAUGCCUUGUAGCCAAAGUAUUAAAGGCUGGUGAACAUAGACGAGGGAAAUGCAUUUCUUAGAAAUCCAUGAGCCUUCGAUUGUAUGCUUUCAGUACUCGCGUUAAUAUGUUUCUAUGGCAACUCUGAGGUCAGUGGUUUAGAAAUGAGAUACCAGUGUUAAUGACAAGUGUGUACUCUUUGCUUUUGCAUGGCUUGGCUUAAUAUCCAGGGUAUAUUAGGGCCACUUGAAAGCAUGAAGACCAGUUAUAUAUAGAGAACAGGUUUCAGUGGCACAUUUUGCUUUUUCUGAGCCCCAAAUACAUUGCCUGGGCAUGAACAUUGUUACCAUAAAUUGCACAUGGUCAUGGAGUGAAUUAUAUGACUUUAAAGGAUGUAACUGCCCAACAUUUGCAGAUUCUGGGUGGUCUGUGUGACCAUUUGGCACGUAUCCGAAAACCCAGGGGCUAUUGGAACCCUCCUAACCCCUUUCCUUUGUCAUAGACAAGUAUAUUUAUAAUUUAUCGAGAUGUUUGUUGGCUGUCCUGCUGUAUUGCCACACAGCUCUCUUUUGGUUCCCAUUCCAAAUGUGCUACUGUCCUUCUUUGCGUUUCAUAAUAUCAAAGAAACCACCACCCUUCCUAACAGCAUUUUAUGCCUUUUAUUCCACAUUAAAUGGGAAUUGUGCCUACUUAGGAGUGCUCCUCUAAUUAAUUACAUGUGUCCAAGAAUAAUCCAAGCCAGAGACACAAGGUGGGAAAACAUUUCAAAAAAAAAAAAAAAGUCCUUUUAAGGCCAGUAAUUUAUCUGAAAAGGAAUUUUAUCACAUCUUGACACCUUAUAUAUGAGCCUAUUAGGAGUUGCAGGUGGCUUCAUAGGGUAAAAUCCAAGAAAAGAGAAGGAUGUGUGGGGUUUCUAUUAGAAGAUAAUUUUGUUUUUAUUUUGCCUUUCCUUUUAUGAUCCUUCUCUGCUAGAACAGGUUAAUUCUCUAAUUUUUUUUUUUUUUUUUUUAGGGAAACUUUUACAAAAGCAAUGGUCUGAUGUAAAUAACAUUUUAAAGUAUAGUGCACAUAACUUUCCCAGACUGUUCCAAUCUGAUAAUUUGUAAAUGCUUUAGAGUUUUUUAAAUUAACACUUGUGUUGCUAAAUCCUAUUUAUGUAAGUCUGCUAAAGUUUUUUAACCCACUUAAAACUUAAGACAACCAUUUAAAUAAUGGAUGGGUUACUAUGAGCAAUUUAGCUUUCAGAACCCCUUUGUUUUAGUAUACGAAAAAGCCUAAUGCGCAUUAAUGAGGUCGAAGAGACUAUGAGAAUAUGUAUAGUGUAUAUUUUAAAACAGCUUUGCUUGUAUCGUGAAGAUUUAAAAACAAACUUGAGAUUUUUAACGUAACUAUUAACACAGUUUUAACGUAAGUUAUCCCACUGGGUUUAAGAGCAUCUUGAAUGUAUAAUCCUUUUUCUAACCCAGGUUGGUUUCUACUUUUACCAGUCACCCAAACAUAUUUAUGUUUUUAGUUUUAUGUACUCAUUUCCCUUUGUUUUCCUCAAACAGCAUGAUUUUUUUUGCACAUGUAGAAAUUUUUUAAAAGAAAGAAAUUAGUACAUCAUUUUAUCUGGAUUUUCUUCACUUCCCUCUUCCUUUCUACUAACCCCUUCCUUAAAGGCCAUAUCACUCCAUUUGCAUUAUUUGUGCAAAUGCCAGGGUUGGUUUUUAUUUUUAUUUUUGCUAUUUACCUAAAAAAAAGAAAAUGCUUCAGUCAAUUGCUUUUUUAUUUAAAAAAAAAAAAAAAAAAAAAAAAAAAAAAAAAGCUGUAACCUUAUCAUUUCUGAGUUGACCAUUGAGAGAUGAAUGCACACCUGUAAUAGCCCAGGACCAGCUCUGGUGGCUAAGGGGAAUAUGUUAACUAAGCAAGAGGUUCUUUUCUAAAAGUGGUAUCUAUUAUCCACAAUCUUUUUCAGUUAUUCCCACAAGUCAGGGGUCCAGAUAAAAUGAGGGUUAUCAGCUAACUGAUAUGCUAUCAUUGAGGUUCAUCAAUGAAUUUGUACAUUUCUAGUUCCCUUUGGUGAAGGGAAAAAUGAUGAUUUUGCAAGACCUAGAUUUUGGCUUGGUUUCUUGCCUCCUUUUUUGGCAGCCUUCAUCUUCUCAUCUCCCAAAGCCCUUGAGCCUAUAGGGUUUUCAUAGUGGACAAAAAACUUGUGGUCUUUUAAAACUGGGACUGAUAUUUUUUGAGAGAUUAUCAUGUUGAAAGUGUGAUGUUCUACCACUUUACCAAUAACUAAUUUUAAAUAUACACUGUCCUCUCGAUUUUUGGACCAAACAGACGCUCACAGUGGAGGCUUAUCAAGGGUUGCAUUGGGGAAGAAGCCUCUCCCUCUCUGUCAGCACCAGCUGGUAAAGGUGACUGUACAGAUGUGCAUUUUCCUUUUGGUAUAAAUGGUCCACAGCACUAACUGGUAAGGCUUAUUGUACAGUAUAUUGUCAGUAUUCUUCUGGUUCAGCAUACCUUAUAGUUCAUAUAUAACCUGUAUUAAUUGUAUAGAUUGUGCAUUUAAAGCUGUUACCAAGUUGUCAGAACAUAAGAGCGAAAACAAGGUCAUAUGUAAUAUUUUGUUUGUAAGUAUCCUUUGUAUCAUAGCAAAGGAAAUGUUUAAAAAAAUCAACUGUAAUAAAGUAAUUUUAGUACACGG